ACGACCGGCGUAUUUGAGGCUAGUUAUCAGCCCACGCGAGUUCGCCAAGGUCUCACGAGUCUGGUCUUUGGGCCUAGGGCUGGAUGCAAUGACAGCCUCUUUCGACGCCUCCGCAACAUGUCUCUGAGCAGGGACGCAGGCGCUCCGACAGAGAUUAGCCAAGAAGAUUUCCAAAAGUUCGAGGAGCGCAACGAUGUGAAAAGUCUCCGUGCAUCCCUAGAAAAAGCACACGAAAUGGGAGAUGACAAAAAAACAAAGUCAUCAAUCAGAUCACGGAUUCAAUAUCAUUUAGGGGUACUGUCGCGCAUGCAGUUACUAGAGAACAGGAAAAACUACUUCGACCGCGUCGAUAACCUAAGAGCGCAAGGACUGCCGACCACGGACUCCGCGGGAGAGUCUCGUCCAGGAAAGGCCUUACCAAAGUACGGCGGUGGCGCGGAGGCUGCAGUAGCCCGAUUUCUGCAAGAAUGCGCCCGGAAUGUUCAUGAAGGCUUAUCAGUGGACCACCGCUCGAGGGUCUAUAUGGAACACCUUGUUAAUUACCUAGCUCACCGACCACCAAUUAGUCCGCCUUUGGAGUCGGGAUUUCCGAAGGUCUGGUCCGACCCAAGUGGUAGGCAGAAGAGCGUGGACGCGGCGGACGACAAGGCUCAGACGGCACAAAGUAUCGACGAUGAUCAGAAUGGCUGUCUCGAGAACAGGAAGACCACCUACCUGUAACAGAAGACCCUAAUAAACUAAUCCCUGUACAAAGGGAUCCCCUGCAGAAGAGGAAGAGAGGACAACCCUGCAAGAAUGCUGCACAGGCUGAACUAGAACCUAUCUUAGACCAAGUCUCCCAGGGGAGUGAUGCCGCACCUGUGCGAAGGGAAGAUGUGGAUACUAGGAGAAGUGGAAGGCAAAGGAAACCUGCACAAAGUCCAGAUCAGGUAUUCCUAACCUAGAAGAAAAAGGAUAAUUAGGCCUUGUCUAUUAAGCUCUGUACAGACAGUGUGAUUACUACACCUAGAGAACUAUUUAAGAAAUUAGACUACAUAGAGAUAGACACUUUAAUCA